GUUUCGUCUUGCUGUUGUGUAUUUUUUAUUGGUGGACGAUGAUAACGUGUAAAUAAACAAAUAGAUAAAAUUACAAUUAAGUAUAUUACAAUUCAACAUUUAUAUUGAUAGUGAAUAUAAUAUAAUACCUACUGUGUAUAUCAGAAUGGGCGAACUUGGUCAAGAACGCCCUAGAAAAUUGAUUCCAGAACUCUGCAAACAGUUCUAUCACUUAGGAUGGGUCACUGGGACUGGAGGUGGAAUAUCAAUCAAGGAGGGAGACAAAAUUUAUAUUGCACCUUCAGGUGUCCAAAAAGAACGAAUGAAAUCUGAUGACUUAUUUGUACAGACUAUCAAUGAUGAAGAUUUAGAACUACCUCCUCCUGAAAAGAAGUUGAAGAAGAGCCAAUGCACGCCUCUGUUCAUGCUUGCGUACCGAGAACGCGGCGCGGGUGCCGUCAUUCACACGCACUCGCCGCACGCUGUACGCUGCACGCUACUGUAUGACGAUGAGUUCACAAUAACACACCAGGAAAUGAUCAAGGGCAUCAAAGACGCUCAGCUAGGUCGGUUCCUCCGCUACGACGAAAAGUUAGUAGUACCAAUCAUAGAAAACACGCCGUUUGAGAAGGACCUAGCUGAAAGUAUGGGGGAAGCUCUAAGCAAAUAUCCGGGUACCAGCGCCAUCCUAGUGCGACGACACGGGGUCUAUGUGUGGGGAGACACUUGGCAACAGGCGAAGACUAUGACAGAGUGCUAUGACUACUUGUUCGAAAUGGCGGUAGAAAUGAAAAAGCUCGGUCUCGACCCAGCGAAAACACCAAAACACUAGUAGUUGUAAGUUAAAAAUCAAUGUAAAUAUGUUAAUCAUUUAUUAAUAAUAUAUUUUUUAGAAGUUGUUCAGA